AUGUAUAGAACGCUGCAAGGCCGUUGGAAGCUUCGUAGACGAGGUGUGGCAGUCGCCUCAAGUUGCAGCUUUUCAGAUGCAACCUCCCGGAGCCAACUUCAGCUGGGUCAGAUUGUGUUGCUUGAGGUUUGGUGGACAGGCGUGGCGGGCCAGGUCGCAUGGGCCCGAUUGACCCCUGCACGAUCGGGGACUUGGAGUGGCAUGGGUGCCGGGUUGUGUAACGUCGGCGAUCUCGCAAGGCUGCACAUUUCCCCUAAAGUUGAAUCUUCGGUGAAGUGUGCCGUAUUAAUUUUGCAUCCCAGUGAGGUUGUUCAACAGCCGUUGAGUCUGGACGGUUCCAAGGCAGUGUGGCUGCCAUUCGACCCGCGGACAGGACAGAGCCUCGUCCGUCCAUAUAAAGCGUGA